CAAAUGGCUAAUGCCGGCAUUCAAAUGCCACUGGAGGGUGGUCUCACCUGAGACGCCGGUGGCCUUAGCUUUCGGGCCGGUGGCGGCCGGGAAAUACGGCCCGGAUUUGACGCUAUGGAAUGGGCUUUACGGCCGCGGCGACGUAUACCGAACUCUUCUCCGGGAAUCGACGGCGGCGCUGCUUAACUCUUACAACAGCAUAAGGUUCCCUUACCCGACGCUAACUGUGGUCAGUAAUAUGAAUUCAGCUCUCCUUGGCUCUCAAAGGGAAGCCUUGAUGACGGCGUUAAGAUUCCGGCGAGCUAACUCCGGCAUCUCCGGCCGUUCAACGGUCGCCUGCAAUUUUACUCCUUGUUCUUGAGGACGGAUCUCUGUUUUAUGGUUAUUACAUGCUUAUUAUACUUUGUUGCUUCCAUCUUCCGUUUAUGAAUGAGUAUAUUGUGGUCA